GAAGUUAGUUCAGCAUUACUGCAGCACAAUAUCAUAUUUAUAAGAAAUACAGUAUAUUUAAAUGUAAUACAGUUUUAUUAAUUAUUUAUUUUACUAUUUAUCACAAUAUCUAUUUAGCAAUUGUAGUGAUCUGUAACAGUGAACUGUAGUCCUUUGUAACUUAAAAGUUCUUCCAAUGUCACAUCUACAGAUGGCAACAAUGGAGAAAGAAAAUAUUCCUGAAAGACUGAAACAAGUCAAACACGAUAAAAUGGAAGUCGCUCACAGCCAAAGCCUUCAUGAUUCACCACCAAAGAAAACCUUGAAUAGCUCCACUUAUCAAACUCUGACUCUCCAACAAAAAGACGUGCAAAAUGUGACCAAAAAGAGCCAAAUCAAACCCAAUGAGCCCAUGACUGUGGCGACACAUGGAUACAUGGCUCUGUGUGGACUAACGGAGCAACGGCCAAAUGAAACACACAGCACCACUAAGACGAGAUUGUAUCAGAUCAAAGAAACAUCUGAAAACACACCAGACGGUGAGAUUUAUUCAACUUCCCAAAAGCUCCCAGAACUCAAAGGCAGCACAAGUAUUCAAAAGUUAAUCAAGUUUAAGUUCUUGGAUGAAGAGGUUUUGCGUAAGUUCGAGAUGGGUCUCAUCACAGUGGAAGAGGUGCAAGCAUCGCUCGCUCAGUACGCCGAAAAACCAACAACUAUUGCUGGCAUUUAUGUGGAGUCGAGUAAGAAAAAGAUCUCCUUCCUAGAAGCUGCUGAGAAGGGCUUCUUAGCAAAGACGUACGCUCUUGAGUUCCUGGAGGCUCAGGCUGCAACAGGAAGCCUUACAGAUCUGUCCACAGGGCAGACACACUCAGUCGUUGAGGCUGUGGAGAGAGGUAUCAUCGAGACGGGACUGAAAGAUAAACUGAUAGAGGCUCAGAAAGCUGUUAGUGGCUACAUCCAUGCUGGCAAAAAGCUGUCCGUGUUUCAGGCAAUGGAGGAAAGGAUUCUCGAAAGAUACAAAGGCAAGAAGAUCCUUGAGGUCCAGGUCGCCACUGGUGGACUGGUCGACCCAGAAGUUGGCGUCAGGGUGCCAGCUAUCGUUGCUGUUGAUCAAGGUCUUUUGAACAAGGAGACUUUACAGAGUCUGUACGAUCCAGUCAGCAACCCCAAAGGUUUCCACAACCCUGACACCGGACAGAAAGCAUACUACUCUGAGAUACUGAAGACGUGCCUUUACGACAUCGAUGGUGGCGUGUUUCUCUUCCCAUUCGGUGAGAAACAUCUAACAAACACCUCUCCCAUGAGUUCUCAUAGGGUGUCUGUUGUCAGCAGCAGCUCAGGCGUCGAAAUGUCAGCGUAUGAAGCAUUCAAGGGGAGACACAUUGACAGGAGGACGUAUCUGUUUCUGUCACAGCAGGAAUGUGACUGGCAGGAAAAGUCAGUAGUUGACGCCGGUGGGAACCAACUUCACAUCAUCACUGAUGUCAAAAGUGGUCGACAACUUUGUCUAGAGUCCGCUCUGAGUCAGAGGUUUCUGGAAAUAUCUGAGCUUGAAAGCUAUGGCAGUGGGCUUCUUAGCAUCAAUGAGAUUGCGGAUAUCAUAUUUUCAAGAAUGGUGGUUGUGGAAGAUGUCAACAGCCCCAUUGCUGGUCUGUGGGAUGUCACUCGGAGGAAGAGGCUGUCAGUUCUUCAGGGUUUCCAACAGGGCUUUACUGAUAGAGCCACUGCCUUAAGGCUGUUGGAGGCCCAGGCCUGCACUGGAGGUAUCUGCGACCCCUCUUCAGGGGAGAAAGUUACUCUCUCAGAGGCUCUCAAAAGUGGUCUUUUAGAUGAGGCAUUGAAUCAACAGCUCCAACAGUUUGAGCAGGCGUUUAAUGGCAUCGUUCACCCCAAGACUUCAAAGACUUUGUCCAUCACCCAGGCCCUUCAGGAAAACCUCCUCCCAAAGGAUGCCGGUUUCCGCUGUAUCGAAUUCCAGCUCCUGACCGGAGGACUGAUAAACCCUGACACUCAUGACAGAGUCUCACUGGAGGAAGUCAUCCAGAGCGGCCUUGUUGACAAAGCUAUUGCCUCUGUACUGAAAGAUGAAAAGUUCCACACCAAAAGCCUCACCUGUCCGAAGACCAAGAGAAGAAUCACGUUCAGGGAGGCUCUUGAAAGAAGCGUGUACGACUGCCACACAGGGUUAAGGUUACUGGAGGCGACAAAAAUUCAUGGUUUUGGAGCCAAAUCAACAUUUCAUUAUUUCUUGGCGUAUAAGUAAUUAACAUUUGUCGAUAUAUGUUUGUCCACAGCAUAAAAGCAAAACCUGCAUAGUAUUUCCUUUGGUUUUGCGUGUGGCUGUGAAGUUACCUUGACUUCACUGUUGAAUAUUCUUUUUUUUUGGUUUACACACAUAUUGUAAUACCAACGUAUCAUCAUAGAAUAUCUUGCGAAAAGUUAGUCCUUGUGCGUUUUCCUACGAAUGUCUAGCAACACGUGUCAAUUUCCGCUCGCUACAUGCAUACAGUCUUUUCAAAUUAAACUUCCGUCUUCACAGGAAACAACUUGGUUAGGUUUAGGCAACAAACAUACUUGGUAAGAUUUAGGAAAAGAUCAACUUGACUAGGAAACAAAACUACUUGCAUAAGUUUAGGAAAAGAUCGGGGUUUAAGGAAGUGGCAUUACAGAAGUAUGGAAGAAACGUGACAAAUUAAUCAACGUUGACUUCUGGUUUGACACGGGGUACGAACAGCAUUCUCACGGGCGAAAGUCUGGUGUUUUUUGACCUACCCAUCCAACCCGACCUCCUCCCUAUGCGAUGUUUGUCCCUCUUUAUA